GAAGCGCUUGACCUGCCGGCCCGCGGGGUUCCGGGCGCCGGGGAGCCGGGCCUGGGUUUCUUGGCCGCUGCGCUCGGCACCGCGCUUGGCAGAGCCAGACAUCAGAACACCCUAGAAGGCGUGGCUGAAAGGAUGCUCAUGUUUGAUCCAGUCCCUGUCAAGCAGGAGGCCAUGGACCCUGUCUCGGUGUCCUACCCUUCGAAUUACAUAGAAUCGAUGAAGCCCAACAAAUACGGGGUCAUUUACUCCACACCAUUGCCUGAUAAGUUCUUCCAGACCCCAGAAGGCCUCACUCACGGGAUACAGGUGGAGCCGGUGGACCUCACGGUGAACAAGCGGGGCUCCCCGCCUGCUGCGGGCGGUUCUCCUUCCUCUCUGAAGUUCCCAUCCCACCGGAGAGCGUCACCUGGCCUCAGCAUGCCCUCCUCUAGUCCGCCCAUUAAGAAGUACUCACCCCCUUCUCCUGGCGUGCAGCCCUUUGGAGUACCGCUGUCUAUGCCGCCUGUGAUGGCAGCCGCGCUGUCCAGACAUGGAAUCCGGAGCCCAGGCAUCCUCCCCGUCAUUCAGCCCGUCGUGGUCCAGCCCGUUCCUUUUAUGUAUACCAGCCACCUGCAGCAGCCUCUCAUGGUCUCCUUGUCGGAAGAGAUGGACAAUUCAAACAGCGGCAUGCCAGUACCUGUAAUUGAAUCAUAUGAGAAGCCCUUAUUACAGAAAAAAAUUAAAAUAGAGCCUGGAAUUGAACCACAGAGGACUGACUAUUACCCUGAAGAAAUGUCACCCCCUUUAAUGAACCCAGUGUCCCCCCCGCAAGCCUUGUUGCAAGAGAACCAUCCUUCCGUCAUCGUGCAGCCUGGGAAGAGACCUCUACCUGUGGAAUCUCCGGAUACCCAAAGGAAGCGCAGGAUACACAGAUGCGACUAUGAUGGGUGCAAUAAGGUCUACACUAAGAGCUCACACUUGAAAGCACACAGAAGAACUCAUACAGGAGAAAAGCCGUACAAAUGCACCUGGGAAGGCUGCACGUGGAAGUUCGCUCGGUCUGAUGAACUGACAAGACAUUUCCGAAAACACACUGGAAUCAAACCUUUCCAGUGUCCAGACUGUGACCGAAGCUUCUCUCGCUCCGACCACCUUGCCCUACACAGGAAACGCCACAUGCUAGUCUGAAAACCUGUGUCCAGCUCAGUGUGAUUUCCCACUCUUCCUGGCCUCUCUCUCUCUCUCUCUCUCUCUCUCUCUCUCUCUCUCUCCUAUCUCUCUCUUCUCUCUCCUAUCUCUCUCUCUCUCUUCUCCUUCUGCCCGUUAUCUAACUCAUUUUUAUAUGUACAUUUUAAUUUCGAUUCGAUUCAGCUGGUCUGGAUCUCUGAAUUUAUAUCAUUCAAGACUUCCAUAUGGUCAGUAGUUGAUACUCUAACCCUCCCCCUCCUUACCACGGGUCAGACCUAAAGAAUGUGAACAUUUUUUUUUCCGGGGAUGCUAAGCAAACCCUCCUUACAGAUACAUUUAAUGUAACGAGAACAAGGGAACAUGUAAACUAACGACCAAUGUGUCGGUUUCUCCAUGUAUUCCUCAAAAGAAUGUCAAAGUAAAUGUAUUAGAAAUGCAGUAUCCAGCCUAUCAGUCCUUGCCAGAGACCUUCGACCUUCUGCCACAUUUUGUGUUCGACUACAGAAAGAAUUCGGUCCCUGUUACCAGCUAGCGAGACCCACGAGAUGUCAAGCUGGAUCCACCUUCUCGCCUUCGCCCUCCCCACGAUUCGCCUGUUGACCUGGCUCACUUGCUCAGCUAAAUCAGCUCCUUUGUCCUCUGUGGCACCUGAAGCUCAUGUGGAGGACUUUGGCAUCCCUGGGAGCUGAGCAGGAGCUGUUGCCUUAGGUGAGCCAUGUGCUCCCAUAGUGUGAGGAAGAAGGAGAAGAUACUGGAAAUGGAGGAGGGAGUCAGCGAUUCCUGGCUAGGACCGGCUGGACCAUCAACAUCUGGGAAAUUCACAUUAGCUGUGCAGUGCAUUUGUUAAAUGUCCAUCCCCAGGCACAACUUGGCCGAGCACACCUUUGCUGCAAAGCUGGAUACCGAGAGGGUUAUCCGUGCCACCACCGCCUCCAUUCCUGCAGGAUCCUUCAUUGUCGAUCAUGAAGCUUUGAGAGUAAGGAAUCCACAGAAAUAUUUGUUCAGUCGUGUAAAAAAAACAAAAACUUUUGAGGCAGUAUAAAAUGGUCUCUUCUCCCCCAGCCCCCAACCUACUAAGAGUGUUUUUGCAAACAGGAAAACAUUGAGUGGUACUAAUAUUCCCAUAUCCAAUGAGUCACAUAGCUUUCAUAUGGAGCUUUUCUGUGUGAGCUGUAUGGUGCCAAACCAGCAAUCAUUUGUGUCUAUGACACAUAGUAUAAAAGAGCAUCCACUAAGCUUGAGCAGAGUCACUCAAUUAAGACCUGAGUGACACUAUUUGUAAAUAUAUCUAGUGUGAAGCACAUAGAUCUUUAUUUUGGUGACUUUUUUUUUUUUUUUUGAAAAAUAGAGAAAACCACAAUUCAGGGAUUUAUAUAUGUAGCUUGAAGAUUCCCACAAGUUUCUGCCAGAGCUAGCAAUUUCCUGUCGGUUACCAGGUACCCUGUUAGGACAAACUAAAAGCAAUGACUCGUGUUGAUGUUGCAGAUAAAUAGCACCAUUAUUUGGGGGGAAGUUUUUUGUUUUGUUUUGUUUUGUUUUGUUUUUCAAAAGCAGGCUUUUGAACACCACAGUCUAAAUGCCAACGAAAACAGUUCACAGAUUGCAGAAAUGUCACUGGUUCCAAAUCUGAGAAAUAAAAUGGGCACAAUGGUCAGAUAUGGCUGCCUCUGACCAGUAGUCCCUUCAUCCCCUCACAAAGGAUGGAGGAGAAGGGGCGGGGGGCGGGGAUCCUGAACAGUUAUCCCAGCCACAACUCAGGAUUCAACACUACCUGAACUGGGAGGAACACCCUACCGGAUUGUUCUUGAAUGUUGGGGAGUGAUAGGUUUUGGAGCCCUGCACUUGCAGGGAGCUUGAUUUGAUGGCACUAUGUUCAUAGUUGUGGGGACUACACUCGGGAGGCCCGGCUCAGCCCUGUGAACCAACUGAGGGGGGAAUGUGGGUAAAAACUGCAAAGAAAUGUUAUCUUGGCUCUUGGGUUCCUUUUCUUUCCCUUUUUAGCACUGAAAAAAAAAGUCUGUUCAGGCUAUUAAAGCAUGCUAAUUAGGCUCUUGCCUUUCUUUUUGUUUGCAACUAUGACAUGAAUGAAUUGAGGAGUGAGUGUCUCUUGGGAAAGCAGGGUCUCCCUUGUCAGUGUUCCGUAGCGUUCAUGCCACCACCAUCGUGUCUUGAAGUGGUUCUUCUGCAGGGCACUGAAGAGUCCCGUUUGUUUAGUGUUUGUUCCAAUUUGUAUGAUCUGACCCAGUGAGCAGCGGGGAAGGGUACAAGGAAGGACCCUUAGCUUUGCUUCAAACCAAGAAUAGUUAAUAGCACCAUGGCGUAUUUAAAUUUUGUUCAAAAGUCUUUAUUAUAUACUCUUUAGCUUGCUUAGAUCAUGUUAACAGAAAGAUCCAUUUUUAACUCUGAAAGAAAAGUAACCCAGAGAAACCAUUCUCUAUUCCCAUGCUAGUCUGAUAUACUUUUAGUUAAUUGGCCCUUACCAAAUUUCCUUUAUAUAUAUAUGUAUGUAUGUAUGUAUGUAUUUGUAUUUUACUAUGAUAGUUGAGAAAUUUAGUCUCUUAGUAUUCUUUUGUUUGGUUGUUUGGUUGGGUUUUUUGUCUUUUGUUUGUUUGGGUUUUUGUUUUGUUUUGGUUUUUUUUUUUUAGCUGUUUUUGUGCAUGAUACAAGAUAAGAUGCCCUGGAUGUUUGAUUUUGGAUGACAUGCUAUGUUCUUGUCAGUGAUGGUUCAGUUGCAGUAAAUUGAUGAGGACAGGCUGUAAACAUGAAGUCAGCACUGUGUAAAUCAUUAGAGUUCAUUCAAUUACUGCUCAAGUCUCAUCUGGGGGAAGUUCCAAAAAUAACUAGCAUCUUGUGUUUUUGAGUUUCACAGUGGGGAGGGUACAUCAUUAAAUGGGCAUUUUGCACUCGAAAGUCACUUGGUUUGGAGACUGUGUGUAGCAUAGCUUUGUUCAACUAAGAAGAUACUAAAUAUGCAGACGUUGCAAGAGCCUUGGAACAGAAUUACAGGGGAGUGAUAUAUGUAUAUGUAUGUUUUAUUAAACACCCACCUGCACUAUCAGUAUUGCACUAAUGUGGAAUUUGAGAGACUAUUGCUGAUAUUGUAAUCUGCUCACCAUUCCUUAGAUUGUUAAAAAAGACAAUCUCAGCGAUCAAAGGUUUUAUAAUUUGGUUUGAAAUUAGAAUUGUCUUGAAGGAGUUGCUAACGUACAUGAAGUCAUUUGAGUUCUCUUUAUUCUCUUCUUGGUCAAGGUUAACAGUUUCUACAUGAUUGCAAAUUCACUUAAGUAAUACAUUUACAAAGCCAUUUUACAUGCAUUAAAAGAGGGCUACAAUGUGUUUUACAAAUACUAGCACUUUUUUUUUCCUGUUAUGUACCUAGUGUUAGAGGGUCAGAAUAAUCUUUCUGCUUGGCAUCUCUUAAAACCUACCUGCAAGCAUAGCAGGCUUAUUGCAUUUACAGUUCUUUAAUACUUGUAUAAACUAUGCAGAAAUUUUUAAUAAAGUGUAAUAUAUUUUAUAAGCUAAUAAGACUGAAUGGGUAAAGGUUUUUAGCAUGCAUUAGUAGACUUGCAGAUACUGAAACAUUUUGGUAAUCUUUCUUACUAAAGAUGUGAAUGUUUAAUGUACCUUCUGUUUCUACCCUGUAGUCCAAUGGGAAUUCAGUAAUGGCAUUUUGUCAUGUCAAACUGUGAACAUAAAUUUGUACUGUACAGUCCUCAUAUACUAUAUUCAGUAUGCAAUAUAUGUAUUAUAUACUUGUUAAUAAAACCAUCUGAAUAUUA